AUGCAUUCUCUUCAAAUAAUCCUCGACAUAUCGAACAAUCAAGACGAGCGCCCCACUUACAAUUUAAAAGCGACUUCCAUUCAAGAUGCCAUUGACCAGUCUAUUGCCCAUUUCAGUGUGAUUGGUGUCUUUUAUUUAACAACAGAAGACAACAUUCCCUUGACCUCCUCCACCUUUUCCCAAACCAAAGUCGCUGUGAUGAAGAUUUCUCCCGCCUUCUUAGCUCGACAGUCCGUGAUGAAAUUAGAAAAGUGUGAGACUUCCACAGACCGCGACGAAGCUUUUAAAGCGGUGAUCGACAAUUUAAAGAAGCCUUCCUAUGCUCGAGAGUUCUUUAAGACUUCAACGUACCCUCCACCCUUCACACAUGACAAUGUCCCUCUUAUUAAAGCCGGAAUGCUCUACGUCGAUGGCAUAAAAUUACUUUUAAACGACGAAUAUGUCCUUUCUAUAUACACCGCUCUCUGCUCCACUAAGAGCGACGACUUCCGUCUCACCUCCGCAGAAAUCCUCACCGUCUUGUGCGUCUCGGGUGGCCAAAUCUUCUUUGUUUACGCCGCUAAAGUCUACGCACAGAAACACGAGGAGGAAAGAUAUCGUGCGCUGUGCCAAUAUAUCACCGACUCUAGAUUGGGAGCCGUCAUCCUCGCGCUGCUCCUUGCUGUGUUAAAGUGCGCGCCGGAAGGGCGGAGAAGUCGCAUUGUCGCGGAACUGAAGUACGUCGGCAUCGCUGACUUGGCAAAGAAGUUGAAGAGCUACAAACCGCUUGUGAGCAACUUUGAGAAAGCUUUAAAGGACGAUUCGCAGAUUGUGGAGUACGAGAAUAUGGCGAAGAAGCAAUGGAAGUUCAUAGGAGAGAUCCGGGAUGAGGCGGUGGGCUUAAAGCAUAGGAAGGAGAGACUGAAUAUUGAGAUGGGCCGAGCAAUUGAAAGUUCUGACGAGAUUGGGAAAUUGUGGAAAGAGCGGACGGUAUUGCUGAAUCAAAUCAGAGAAGAAGACAAAGUGAUGCAAAAACACAUGGAAGUGAAGCCAAAUUUAUCGGUGACAAUCCGGAAAUUGACACGUGACAACUUGAUUGAUGAGAUUGCAAAGAACGAACGGGAUAUAAAAGAAUUCAUGCGGGAGAAAGAGAGAUAUUUAAAGGAGCUGGAAAAUGAGAAGAAAGAGAAACUAACGGGCGAACCACAAGUCACCGUCGAUGACAAAAACGCCGUUGUGGACCACUCCGAGGCACAAACAAGAAAGACCCCAAGAGGAAACUUCUUUGGGAAACGAUUGGGACAACGAUGCACUGGGAAAAUCGGAACGAUGUCUGCGGCGGAAUCGAAUAUCACUGUCAAUGUCCCUCUCCCCGAACUGAAGUGGAACAAAAUAGUCCCUAAAGGGCAGAAGAAUCUGUGGAAUGCUCUUCCAAUUAAAGACAUCUCCGUUGCGGAUGUUGAACGGUCGUUCAAAACAGAUGAACAGUUUGCGACAAGUCCCUCUUUUGUACAAACCAAAUACGUCGACCUGUGUAUUCUGAGAAACAAAUUUCCAUCAAGCGUCUCACUUGCACUUGAUAUCACCAAUUUCUAUUUCAGACUUUUGAAUGAAAGAGACGCUAUUUUCAUGUUAAAAACAUUGAAAGGACUCCAUUUGAGUGAUUUGGAUACAACAGAUGGCGGGAAAGGCGUUGAAGGGUGGCUUCGUCCUUUAUUGGAAAUCCCCGCAUUUCAAACGAAGUUAAAGAUGUGGGUCGAGUCGAUGCUGUUACAAACGCAAGUCAACAAGAUCUUCCCAAUGGUCAAAAAUUGCCAGAAGGCACUCGACAUGGUGAAGACAUCAAGAAACUUCAAGGAACUGUUGUCGAUCAUUUUGUCGACUGGGAAUUAUUUGAAUAGCGACUACCCAUCAAUUCGACAGGUCGACGGAUUCCAAAUUGAUCUCCUCAUCAAGUUGAAAGAGACACGUUUGCCCCAACAGCAAAUUGGGAUGCUGGAAUUUGUGCUGAAAAUGCACCCAAAUGUCGAAGGGUUGAUUGAGGAGCUUUCACUGGCAUCAAAUGCAAAGGUCGACUUUGACUAUUUGAUUGCGGAGUCGAAGAGACUCACAACUAAAUGCGCGCAGCUCAAACAGAUCAUUCAAACAGAACUCGUUCCACUUCCCGGAAAAGAGCAAGAGAACAUCGCGCACGAGAUCAACACAAUGAUGGUCAAGGUUGUUGCGCUCAGAGAUGAGGUCAUCAAGACAGCCAAAACGUUUUAUCAGACCAUGUAUUGGAUCAAUGGAAUACCUUCUGUUGCUGUGGAAUAUACACCAUUCACAUUCUUUGGGAUAUUAGAAGAUUUCAGAAAUCAGUGCAUAGGAAUCCUUGAAGACAAAACUGAGCUAAAGCCGUCAAUUUCAUUGAUCACUAGAGCACAGGCCGAAGUCAUGAAGAGAGAAAAGACGCUUAAGAUAGAAAGCGAAGACGAUUUGUUGGCUGUAAUGGUCGAUUUGUUGAAAAAAGGUAAAAUCAAGUCUUCCAUUCUUCGUAAAAUCCUCAGUUAG